AACGACCCCCUCCACAACAGGAUGAAACAUCAAGUCAUCAAAGCCUUCAAACACAAUGCCUACAGAGUUCAAUACACGACGAAGCGAUAUGCUUUGUAUAUUCAAAUUAUGUGUGCCAGGGAAGCACAGCGCUACAUUACAGCUAUCUUCCGGAGUUGAUGUCUAAAGACGAGAGUUCGCCAGUACGCUCUGCGAUGACAGCCCUAGGGCUGUCGGCUUUAGCUAACAUCAAAAUGGCUUCUAAAUUGACAAAGAUUGCACGGGAGGAAUAUACUACGGCCUUGGGCUGCACGAAUCGUGCUCUGACCGAUCCAGUCACUUCCGCGAACGAUUCGACUCUGGCAGCGGUGAUACUGCUUGGAAUGUUUGAAGUCAUCUCAUUUAAUAGUACUGGCUCCCUUCAAAGAUGGAAAAAGCACAUCGACGGCGCAUCAAAAUUACUUGAAUGGCGAGGUGAGGCGGGACUGCGUACUGUGCACGGGCUGCACAUGUUCAGACAGCUUCGACCUCAAAUAUUGGCCAACAACAUCCAUAGAGAAAUGGAACCCGCUCCUAGUCUCGUCCAUUUGUCCGAUGUUGCAUCCGAAAUCGCAUCUACAGGGAGUCAAGACGAGAGCAGGCACGUGGAUGCCAUGGGCCAUCUCUCUAUCCGAUUGUGUAAGUUGUGCGCAACCGUAAAAAAAGGCGGUUUGACAGACCCUACAUCGAUUCUGCAUGAUGCACUUGCCCUAGACGAAGAAUAUGCCUCAUGGCUUGAUGGGCUUUCUUCACCUUACUGGUCACGCUCCACGGUUAUGACAGAUAGCGCAGAGGACGAAUUGAUCUAUGGACCGUUCGGUAAUCAUUAUGACGUCUAUAAUAACCUAUUUGCGUGUCAUUCGUUGAACAACUAUCGCUGCUCACGGCUUAUCAUCCGUGAAGUUGUUUCAGCAUGUGUGAAGAAGAUUCAAUUUCAAUGCCAAAUGAACGACACUAGUGUAGACUCCAAUAUCUUAAUUGCAGCUCAUCAAAGUAUUGCAGUUGCCAAACGGCUUGCAGAGGAGAUCUAUGCUAGUGUGCCCUAUCACCUGGGUACCGAGGAGACCUUUGCUGAAUUCGAUAUGAUUGGAAGGCCGAAUUUGAUCCAGGGAGCUAUUGGAGGUUUCCUUCUCAUCUGGCCGUUGUACUUGGCUGCCAACUUGGAUCUGUACGAUGUAGACCAGACUCCUUCAGCCAUGAGGGCAUGGGGCAUUACAUGUUUGGAGAAGAUCGGGCAUGGUAUGGGUAUUAAUCAGUCGCUUGCCAUGGCGUUCCUGUUACGCCGAAAGCUGGCUGUGCGGUCGUGGGUUACAAACACAGAAUCGCAUACGGGAGCAAGAGUUGUUCCAUUACCCCCAGAUUCAUUUCAGGAUUAGGCUCCAAUAACGUGAAUAUGGA